AUGUCGAGAGAAUGGGCGGACCUGCAAGUUUCAAGGGCAUUGAAUCGAGUCGAAAAUGUAAGAAAUUCAAAACAAAUGUAAAUAUUGAAUGCAAUGUCAUCACGACAAGUUAUUUAUAGAUAUUGGGACAGCUUUCCUUGAAUGAAUCAGAGGUGAGGCGCCAAAGGAAGUACCGUACCGAGAAUAUUAAGAUGGCCAGACAAGAACUCAGAGCCUUCAAUCCACCUCCAUCUAUGCGCAAUAAAUCCCCAGCCCUUCAAAAAAAUCCAAUUCAGUCAACAAAAAUACCAGUCCAUUCCAGUCACAUUUCCGUGGAUCUCCCGAAACAGCCGAUUCAAAUGGGAAACGAGAGUUUUUUGGGGAGAAAGAAUGUUAAUCAGCCGGGACCCACCAGGAACUCCUCUGAAUCAGCCUCGGGAGUUGCGUCAAAAGGUUCAGCCGAUAAGAACGCCCUCAAUUACACCUUAGCACAAACAGAAUCCGUUGUUAAGGAGAUUCCUGGACUCUCAUCAGCUACCUCCACCUUUAGAUGUCGUUCUAAAAGUGAAAGGGUCGCUAAGAAUAUUGGAGAUGCCGUUUAUUUUGGAUUCCCGCCAAUUGAGGUGGGUUUAUUGUGAACAAUGUUCUUAUCUCAACAUAAACAUCUUUAUCGCAGGUUGAAGACAAGAAUGGAAACUUUGAGAUUACAUUAUCACUCCAAGUCAACGAUGAUAAGAACAGACGUCGUGAGUAUCAUAUUACUUGUAAGAUGACACAAGGACGGGAGAUCACUGAGGCCAGAGUUGAUGACGUCACAUUUGUUAAAAAUAUUUGA